AUGAGGACAAAAGUUACAAUAAGUAAAGUUACACAUAAACGAGUCAAGCGUUCGAUACAAGAGCUCAAGAAAGGUGUCAAGAAACUUGAGACACUGCUAGGAGGUUUGGAAAUGACUGCGUCACCUUUGUCACCGAGGUCAAAUGUCACCUUUGACCUAGGUGACAGGUCAAAGGCGGGUUGUGGGAUUAACAUAGUAGACGAGCGGGAGUGUGAGCACCUGCAGUGUGAGCACCUGCAGUGUGAGCACCUGCAGUGUGUGUGCACCUGCAGUGUGAGCACCUGCAGUGUGAGCACCUACAGUGUGAGCACCUACAGUGUGAGCACCUGCAGUGUGAGCACCUGCAGUGUGAGCACCAGCAGUGUGAGCACCAGUGUGAGCACCUGCAGUGUGAGCACCUGCAGUGUGAGCACCAGCAGUGAGAGCACCUACAGUGUGAGCACCUGCAGUGUGAGCACCUGCAGUGUGAGCACCUGCAGUGUGAGCACCUACAGUGUGAGCACCUGCAGUGUGAGCACCUGCAGUGUGAGCACCUGCAGUGUGAGCACCUGCAGUGUGAGCACCUACAGUGUGAGCACCUGCAGUGUGAGCACCUGCAGUGUGAGCACCUGCAGUGUGAGCACCUGCAGUGUGAGCACCUGCAGUGUGAGCACCUGCAGUGUGAACACCUGCAGUGUGAGCACCUGCAAUGUGAACACCUGCAGUGUGAGCACCUCG